UGUUAUAUAACCUUAUAAUAAAUUAUGACUUUUAUUCUUCCAGCAUGUCUUAGUUGUUUUUUAACAUUUUCUAAUCAUUGCUCUCUCACUAAUUGUCAGAUGUUUCAGUGUAAGAACUCUUUCUAAGACAGCUCCUCAUUUUUGAUAAGGCCAGGUCAAUAAUUUGCAGAAUAUUCAUUAACAUUAUUUAGUGAUUCAUUUAGUCAGAUAUUUCAGGGAUAUUUCACAUUCGGUGCACCAGAAAACCAUCCCGAGAUGGAGGUUAGCAUGCAGGAAAUUUAGCAGGAAGUUCUCAUGGAAUUCACAUCUGUGCAAGAAAGAGAACAGCAAUAUGGACUUGGCUAAGUCAUCAGCCUGCUACAGAAAGCUGGAAUAACUCUUCAGACUUGGAGUUUCCAAGGCAGGAAAGAUACAGACACAAGGAAAGCACCUUGCACAGAUGCGAACGGAGGUGUAGACUGUGUAGCUGCCAAAGUGGUGACAAGCAAUCCAGAGGACCAUGAAAGGGUCUUAAUGCAAGUUGUGAACUUGAAUGUGCCAAUGAGGCCUGGCAUUCUUGUCCAAAGACAGAGUAAGCAAGUGUUGGCCACAUCCUUAGAAAACAGAAGGGACAUGAAGGCAGAAGAGGAGAACCAAAUAAAUGAGAAGCAAGAGAUUGAGAAUGCUGGAGAAACUGGUCAAGAAGAGGAUGAUGGUUUGCAGAAAAUACACAUAUCUGUCACUAGAACUCCUUCUGUUGUUGAAAGCCAAAAAAGACCUUUAAAAGGAGUGACAUUUUCUAGGGAGGUAAUUGUUGUGGAUCUUGGAAAUAAACACCCUAUGCCUCAAAGCUAUACUUGAGAACAUAAAGAGAGAAAAUGAAGCUCCAAAAAGGCCUACUCAGCAUGAAAACGAUGAGGAUGAAGACGUUUAUGGUGAUCCACUUCCACUUAAUGAAUAGUAAAUAUGUUUUCUCUUCCUUAUGAUUUUC